AUGCAAACAAGUGGUGAAUGGCCGUUCACUAUUCACUUCUUUACUGAAGCACAGUUGGAUCGAUUUGCCAAGUAUUGUAAAAUCGAAAAGUAUUCGACCUUAUACAUCGAUGCUACUGGUUCGGUUGUUCGAAAAUUGAAAGAUCAAAAUGACGUAUUUUAUUAUUCAAUGGUAUUUCAAGAUAAAGAUUCUUCAAUAAUGCCACUUAGUGGAGCACUAUUGAGCGAUCAUACAGCUGCCUGUAUUACUUCGUAUUUUAACUGUCUUCGUAGUAAAUUACCAAUACGUAGUAAAGUCGCUCGUCCAGCCUUCAUUGUUAUUGAUUUUUCUGCCGCAUUAAUUAACAGUGUACUUGCUUCAUUCAAUGUUGAGAACAUUCACAGUCAUUUGCGACGAUGUUACAAUACAACCCAAGACUAA